AUGGCACUGUUCCCACUAGCUAUCCCUAUCCGUCUGUGGAAUCGGUGAUCCCAAGAAACGACUUUAUCGCAGGUUGGUGGCAGUACGCCUACUCAGAAACUGAGUGCGGAAUGGAAUUCAUCGAUCGAAUCGGAAAUGAUUGCAAUCAGAGAGGAGACAAGGCGGCGGAGCUUAAUCGAAGCUGGCUUAAUCAGUCCAUCGACAUCGGCAGCCACAACUGAAGAAGCUGCUUGUUCGCAGCCUGUAAGCACGGUAAUUGUAUUUCAGCUUGUGGCUAUACUUGGAACAAAUCGGUCGAAGUUUUGGGGCGAAGCAAGGACUGUGAUACUGCAUCGUGAACCGAAUCAAUCAUUUGGAAUCAGUAUUGUUGGUGGGCGGGUAGAAGUAAGUCACAAAGGCGGGCAACUGGGUCCAGGAAGCACAGUUUCGGGUAUUUUUAUCAAAUCGGUGUUGCCGAAUUCACCAGCCGGCAUUUCCGGGAUGAUGAGUAUGGGUGACCGAGUGAUCAGUGUGAAUGACCAUGAUUUGCGCGAAGCAACGCAUGAACAAGCAGUUCAGGUUAUCAAAAACGCCAAAAAUCCAGUGAAAUUUGUUGUUCAAAGCUUGCACAGUUUCACAUCACAUCAGGCUAAUUUUGGUGGAAAAAGAGAACGGAGUGAAGAGGUGAGGGGUGUUCGCAGUAAAGUGGACGAAAAUGAGGUCGAUGGAAGGAGGCGUGGUUCAAGUGUUCCGGUUACCGUACCUGCUUUCGAACAACCACCUCUUACUACCAAAGUAUCCCACUUCUUUCAUUUUUCUAUGUGA